GAUAAUGGAGAAACAGAUUAAACCUAUGGUGUUACCAAUGGUUAGACAACAAGUAAGGUCAAUGGUCGUCACUAUCGUUCAACAAGAGGUAGUACCUGUUGUUGAGGAUCUAAUUCGUAAAGUGGUGAGUUUCGCAUCUUCUUUUCCGUGUCUGUUUAGUGCUAUGUUUCCAUUUUGUAAGAGGAUGUCUGAACAUCAUGAAUUGGUUAUUAUGUUAUAAAAAGAUAUCACUUCACGAGAGUCGGCUUAACUUAACCCUUAGCCUAGCUUGAGUUACGUCUCAAACUUCGCCCAAUGUCUUUUUUGCAUUAGAUAGCUAAAGUUGAGAUUCAUGAAUCAGAGCCUAUUGUACUUCAAGAUAAAAGAGGCUCUUCAAGAGCAUGUUGAAGAGAGGCCUUCGAAUGGAGGGACACGGAAUGACUUGCCAGAGGAAAGGAGUUUACAGCUGAAGUUCGUAUAUGAUACAGUAUCCGAUACUGUGACAGGCGAGGAGCUUAAAGGGAUAAAUGACAAAUGGCUGAAGUUGGUUCUGGUUGAUUCAGGCGGGAAUACCGUGACCUGUGGCAGCGGAUCUGAUGCAAAGGUGGAGAUACUACUUCUUGACGUAAAUGAAAAUGGUGGUGAAGAUAACAUGAGUCUUGAAAAUUUCGAUAGACGCAUCAUUCAAACGGGAGAAAAGAAGAAGCCUCACUUUGCUAAAAGUGUCCAUAUAUCUCUCAAGGAAGGCGUUGCAGAUUUGAAUGGUCUCAAACUGGGACAUGACAAAGACCGGAUCAAGAAGUAUAGCUGCAGGCUUGGGGCGAGGAUCGCGCAGAACCUUGACAGAACUACAGUGCUUGAGGCGUGGACCGCACCAUUUACGGUCAUAGAUAAGCAUGACAAAUACAAUGACAAACAUCCUUGUCCAUCUCUUUCUUCUGAGGUCUGGAGAUUGGAUGGAAUCGGCAGGAAUGGCAACCCAUGUGGUCGCCUGAAAAAGGAAAGCAUCAAGACUGUGCAGGAUUUUUUGUUUUGGUUCCAUGUCAAUCCUGAGAAGCUCCAAGAAAAAAUAUUAUGUGUUGGUGAUUGCAAAUGGAAGACAAUAGUCAGUCAUGCUCAGAAAUGCAACAUUGAUUGUAAAAGGAUGUUUUCUCACAAAUCUUCAACUGAACCUCAAACCUGUGUUAUUUAUGAUGCUGUGGGAAAACUCAAGGGUGGUAUUAUCGAGUCCCACUUUGUUCCAAUUGAUGAUAUGCCUUCUGAUGAAAAGGAUCGUGCACGUGAGUUACUCAGAUAUGUGUUAGAGGAACCGUCUGCAUUUGUAGAACGAUACGACGACUUCUCGGAAGAUGAAGGGUCCCUUUUAAAGAAGUUUCCAUACAGAUCAUUGCAGCACAGUGUUCUCACCGUUUCUGAAGAUAUGAAUGAAAAUCAUACUUCAUCGUCUCAGAGCAUCAUCGCUGCUAAUAACUCGUAUGCUUGUGGGCCUUCCGGCUCUCUUGGAUCAAUAGAAAUGGGAGAGCUAUCCAACUCUCGCGCCUUUUCUACUGAUCUUCAUACAUUAGAUUACGAGACUCCAUUAUGUUUCGAGAACAAUUCUUCACCAUUAAAUACGCUGGUCUCCGGGAACGACAAGCACACGGCCGAGAUGGGUGGAGGGUCGAGCAGUGGACGCUCAAAUGCCUCGUUUCAAAGUGCAAGGGGGCAGUGGGUUGACGAGGAGGAGCCCUACUAUCCUGCCCCUCUCAGCCCAGAACCCAUGCUUCCCGACGUCAACAGUCACAACGUUACUGGCGGCCAGUGGUUUGAAGAUGAGCCCAAUGGUCCUGGCUCUCUCAGCCCAGACCCCAUGCAGCUUUACGACGAGCACGUUGACAUCCACAGCGCCCAUGUCCAUGGAGACGAGACGUGUGGUGCUGAUCGUCCCAAGACGUUGAAGAAAUUGUCGAGGCUAUUGUCCUCGUUUAGCAGAUUGGUGUCUGGAGAUGCUGGUCCUAGCUGCAAGAAGGGGAGAGUUGAUUAACCAUGUAGAUAGAAGCAACUCCCACUUUCAUGCUCACAGACUUAAAAUUCAUAUUUUUUAUUUGCAUUCGUGUUGCCAUUUGAGUAUAUGUG